AUGAUGCGCGGCUACGACUACGAGUCGGACGACUCAAACUCGAGCGGCGAUGGAUUUAUACAGCAGGAUCCUCAACAGAAUCGCUGUCCCAGCGUCUCGGAUCCCACUUCCAGUUCCGAGGGAUACUUUCAUGGUCAAUUUCAACUCAUUUCUUCAUUAAACUGUGGAAAAAGAUGGAAAAAUCACCUUGAAUUCGUGAAAAUUACACGAAAAAGCUGUACUUGGGCGUUUAUCUUGGUCGAAUUUUGAAAAAAAAAAGAAAUUUCCAGUUUUUAGGGAUCUUGCAAUGAUUAAUAUUGAUUUUGAUCUUGUUAAAACUUUAAAAAGUUGUAAAAAUUACCUUGAAAUUAGUCAAAAAGGGCACAAAGAAGUACUUACAAAGAGGAUUCAAAAAUUCAAUAAUUUCCUAAAUCAUAAUUCUUGUUCUUAGGGAUCCUUUCAUGGUCAAUUUUUGUGUAUAUUUUGCUUAAAUUUUUGGAAAAAUUGUUGAAAAAUCACUUUAGCAUAGGGUAAAUUACACUAAAUCGGUACUUAAAAAGACGUAAAAUUUCCUAAAUCAAAAAUUCCAGUUCUAAGGAAUCUUCUAAUGGUCAAUUUUGGCGUUUAUCUUGUUAAAGUUUUGAAAAAUAUGGAAAAGUCAACUCAGAAUUAGGAAAAAAUACACAAAAGCAAUACUGAGUGUUAAAAAGGGGGUUCAAUAUAGGGAUUUUCUUAAAAGUAACUUUGAAAAAAUGACGCCGAGUCACGCUGACGUGUUGAUUUGAUAAAGCCGGUUUUCGUCAAUUUACUUACUUUUCUAGUUUUUUUUUUCAUUGCGUAAAAGUUUGUGAAUCAUAUCUUAAUAAGCAAAUUCUAAGAAGCUUUUAGAAAACCUUCAAUCAGUUCAAUUUCUGAAUGUUUGUGUGAAAGUUAAUUUUUUUUUUCCACAUUUGAUCCUUGAAUGUAGUCAGAUAUAAAAAUUUGCUUCAGUUUUUCGAAGUUUUUCCGAAAAUUCUCCAAUCAUUGAGGCGUUUUUAGUUAUAUUUUAGGUCACGUAAGGCUUUUGCGCAUUUAAAAAUCUUAGGAAAACGUUUUUUCUCAUAUAAAAAUUUAUUUUCUAGAAUGAACUUGGACAGUGUCUUUGAGGUUUAUGGGAAUUUUAACUUUGACUAAUUUCGCAAAAAUCUCAAUAAGAAGAGCCAUUUUUUAAUGUUAACUGUUUACUAAAAUACCACUGCGUCUUCAAAAAAGAACAGAUUUUCCAUCUUUCUUUGUUAUUUUUCCAACAAAAUCAAAGUUUUCCAGGUGGAAACUACGAGAACGGCCGCCAAGUCGGCCUGGUGUUCAAUCCGAAGCCCCACGUCGUGAAAAUAAUCAAAUCCCACACGGGAUUCGGUUUCAAUGUCAAGGGCCAAGUGAGCGAAGGCGGCCAACUCCGGAGCAUAAAUGGAGAAUUGUACGCCCCGCUGCAACACGUCAGCGCCGUGUUGCCCGGCGGCGCGGCUGAAAAAGCCGGCCUUCGGAAAGGCGACCGCCUUUUACAAGUGUAAGUGUUGUAUAGUGCGAAAGAUCCGAUAGCAUUUCUUUAUUAUAUAACAUCUUACGAUAAGCAAAUAUUCACAAUUUAAGUACUGUAGAAAAACUCUAGAACAACAAUAAUGGGAACGGCAGAGAUUUCGGCUCUAAAAGCGUAAAUAAUAUGGCUUAUUAAAGGCGCAGGCCGCUGUAUCGCCAGAGGUCUUUGAGACGAAUCGAAAUUUUUCUACAUAAAAGCUAUUUUCUGCGCGAAAGCGGCGCAGUGCAUGCACACGACACACGGAGCUUUACAGAAAAAUAUGGGCGGGCGUCGUAAAAGGGGUAUAGACGAUGCACGGCUAGCUUGGGACGCAAAAUGCAUGGCCUGUCUGCACUCGCCACCAACCAGGGCACUGUCUCGUCGCUUUUCGUGGCAGGACCCUUUUCUCGAUGGCUCAAGCCAGCCGUGAAUCAGCUAUAUUCAUCAGAGUUUUACGGAAGCAAAAUUUUCUUAAAAUUUCCGAGUGAAAAUUUUUUCCAUCGAAUAGAAGUAUAAAAUAGAGAAUCUGGGAGAAGUGAAAGAUCAAGAUCAAAAAUUUGGUUUAUUAGAGCUACUUCCGCUGAAAAAAAAUUUCAAGAAUAGCAUUUCCUUGCAGUUUUUUGGACUUUUUUUGUAAAAAAAUAAGAAAUACUCGGUUCUGUCGUUUUUUUGUGAGUGGCCAUUUUUUUGAAAAUUCCUAAGUUUUUUUAGUUCUAAAUUGUUUGAGUGUGCAAAAUGUGUAGAAUUCUCGAUUGUGGUUAGUUUGAAAAUUAAAAACUAAUUAUUGGCGUCUCAAAAAAAGAAGAAUUUAUGUUUUUGUCAAUAAAUUUCAUGUCAAUCAUUUUUAAUUUGAUCCGAAAUCAAGUAUCAUGAAGGCGAAAUGGAGUUAAUUGAGAUUUGAGAGCAUUUAUUGCCAAAAAAUCAGAAAAAAAUGAGCUUUAGAAAGAAAUAAUGGCCAGAAUUUUCGAAAAAUUAACUUCGAAACGGGUCAUAGUAUUCGGGCAAAUCCGGAAGGGUUGAUAAUGGCCGCUAAAAGGGAAAGGCUCAAAAAAGGCCGCAAAAAGGCAGCAAAAAGGCUGCAAAAAGGCUGCAAAAAGGGUCCCUUUAUCAAGCCUCCCAUUUUUCUGGAAUUUUAAAGGCUCAAGAAAUGGUGGAAAAGGAAAAGGUAGCAGAAAUGGUGCAUAAGGGCCGAUAAAAUGCCGCAAAAAGGCAGCAAAAAAAGGAGCUUUUGUCACCUUUAAUGACACGAAUGGUAGAUCGACAACUAAAUUAAAUGAUAUUUCAGAAAUUUAUGAACAUUUCCAGAAACGGCGAAAACGUGGAAGGGGCGACCCAUCGGCAAGUCGUCGAAUUGAUCAAAAAUGGCGGCGAUCAGCUGACCAUGAUCGCCAUCUCCAUGCAGGAAUAUGAAGUUGAUCGGUAGAAUUUCCUUUUUGUUGAAUUUUGUGAAUUAAAAAAAUUUGAAAAAAAGUAAAUUUUUUUAUCGAAUUUUUGUAGGUUUUAUCGAGUUUUUGGUGACGUAGAUUUUUUUAUUGAAUUUUUGUAAGUUUUUAUUGUUUUUUUAUUGAUUUUUUUGAUGAUUUUUCUUAGAUUUUUUUAUUGAUUUUUUUGUGAAUUGUCAUUUAUUUUUCGUUGAUUUUUAUUGAUUUUUUUAAAGGUCGUAGUUUUAUAGAAAUUCAGGAAAAAAAUCACUCUUUUGAAGUUUUGUUUCAAUCAUUUUUCAUUUUUAUUAUUUCCAAAUUCAGCUAUAAAUAAUCAUCAUUUUUGAAGCCUUUUUUUGAUUGAAAAAUAAUUUUUCAUAGUUAUUUUUUUGGAUCUAGGGAUUUUUUUCUCAGUGGAUUUCGUGUUUUAAAAAUCAUGACAAAUCCUAAAAUCCAUGAAAAAAAGUUAUUUUACUUUGAAGUACAAAAAGCGCUUCUAAAGUUACUUUUCCCGCUUCAUUUUUUUCAGGUUUUACUAAAAAUUAGGUUCACAUUCACUCAAUUCACGCGUUAGGAUUUACAAAAAAAGAAGAAACUAUUUCAAACCGAAAAAAAGAUUUUUUUACUGUCUUGUUUUAAAAUAUCGAUAAAACCUCAAAAUUUAUGGAAAAAAGUUCGAAUUUUUUUCGCAAUACUAAAAAUACCUUUUAAGUUACUUUCCUGCUUCAUUUUCGAGAUUUAUCAGUAAAAUUAGGUUCAAAUUCACUUAACUCACGGCUUAGGAUUUACAAAAACACUGAAGAAAAAUAUUUCAAACCAAAAAAAGAAACAUUUUAAAAAGCCAGAAAAAGAUGAUUUUUUCAAAAUUCAGAUAUGAAAUUGGAGAGGAAAGCAGCGUGUCUUCCUAUCGAUACGAUUAUUCCGAAAGCCGAUCUUUACCUGUCACGAUACCUUCUUAUCACAAUAUCAAUGAUAGCAUUGAGAGAUAUGUGGUGAGUUUCGGUUUUGUUCAAUAUUUUCUGGAUUUAGAACAUUUUUCUCAAUAAAACUAUCGUUUUUAUCGUCCAGAAAUGCUUUUUGAGGUUUUUACAGGUUCAAAUGUCUUUUAUGACGAUUAAAAAAAAAUUUUCCUCUCGAGACCUUUAUCAAAUUCUUCAUCCAUGCUCCUUUAACGAUUAAAAAAAAUUUUCCCCUCGAGACCUUUAUCAUGUUCUUACACAUGCUCCUUUAAUGAUAAUGAAAAAAUUUUCCCCUUAAGACCUUUAUCAUAUUCUUAUCCAUGCUCCUUUAAUAAUAAGGAAAAAAAAAAUUUUUCCCCUUGAGACCUUUAUCAGUUUCUUAUCUAUGCUCUUUUAAAAAAUAUUUUCGAAAAAUUUCAAAUCUGCUUUUUUUUGAGAAAAAAUCAGAAAGAGCGGUGAAAUUUCAAAAAAAAAAAUGACUGUAAAUAGGAUUUUAUUCCAGUAUUUUUUUGUCCUUUUUUUGAAUUUGUAGCUUUUUCAGUCAACCUCAUUUUUUUCUUCGCGAUUUUUCGGAAUGCAUCAUCAGCUUUCCAGCUCUGAAUUUUUCCUAAUUCAUAUUUAGAAGUCGUAUGAAACGUAUUUAUCCAUGGUUUGAUAUCAUUAACCGGGAAAUUUUUGAAGGCUAAGCUGGAAAAAAAUUUUAAAAUCAGUGAUCUUACGAAAAAAAUGGUAGUUAUAAAAAAAUUAUAUGAUUUUUUUCAGCUAGAAAAAAAAUAUUUUUUUGAGUCAAAAUCAAGCAUUUUUUUCCGUUUCCAAUGUAAACCGGUUUCUUGAUUUUUGAGAUUUUUGGGAAAAAUUUCGAAAAAUUCUUUUUCGUAUUUCUUUAAUUAUCCCUUUAGUGAAAAAGAAGGCGUUUUUUUCAACUUUAUAUAAUAUUUCCGAAACAGUAAAUUGAAAAAAACUCUCUUUGAAGGGACAAAAAGAGACCACUAAAAAUUAAUUUAUGCAAAAACAGUGUUUCUUUAAUUCCAUUUCAUGUUUCUCUAUAUCCAAGUGAAAUAAAAUAUUCAAGAGUGGUUCCUAUAGGGGUAAUCUUAGGAGCCCUUGGAGGGUCCCCUCUAGAAAUCACUUUACCAACCCCUAUAGGGGCUGCUAAAAGCAUGCAAAAGUGGUCUCUAUAGGGCACAUGCUAGUCGAUAAUUGUUAUGAAGAAGAAGCAUUUCCAUGGGGAAAAUUGAAUAAAAAAGAGUUUUUUUGAAUGAAUUUGAGAGACCCCUCUAGGGUCCACUUGAGCUUAAAGGGCUAAGGGAUCAGACCAUAAACCCUUAUAGGGAUCAACUUAAUUUUACUCCUAUGGGGACCACUUUUUCGGCCCUUAUAGGAGCUAUUUCCCUUCCUAACCCUUUAAGGGACCACUCUGGAAUUUCCCGGCCUCUGUAGGAGUUGUUGUCCCUCCUAACCCCUAUAGGGACCUCUCUGGAACUCCUCAGAAUAUUCGAGUAUUUAGGUGUACGAUUUGCACAUGGCGGGCAGACAUCUCGGCUCGAGAAGGUACUCGGAAUUCGUCGACCUUCAUUCGGCCCUCAAAAAGGAGUUCAUCGACUUCGUCUUCCCGAAAUUACCCGGAAAAUGGCCCUUUCAUCUGAGCGAACAGCAGUUAGACUCCCGGAGACGGUGCUUCUUGGAAAAUGGAAUGAAAAUAUAUAUCUGGAAUUUUUCCAGGGGCUUGGAACAAUAUUUGGAGCGAGUUUGCUCCGUUAGAGUCAUCGCCGAUUCGGAUAUCAUGCAGGUAAAAAAAUCGAUUUUUGAGGGAUUUUAAGUGAUUUGAAGAAUUUGAAUUAGAAGUUUUGCAGUACAAUAAGCAAAAAUUAAGCGACUUUUUCCUGGUAAAAAUUAAUUAAAAUUAGGUUUUUUUUUGGAAAACAUUGAAUUCUUUUUAAUCAAAAAAUUCUCACUAAAUAAUAAUUUUCGAAGAAUUUUUUUCCCAUGAUAUUCAAAUUGAAAAUAGGGAAAAAAAGGAUUUUCAGCUAUUUUAGGUUGUAUUUUGAGUCAUUUUGAGCUUCUUUGAAUGGAAUUUUGUGUCCAAAUCAAGUUUUCAUCACCAAAAAAUGUUGUUUUUCAGCCUCUUUCUUGAAUUUUGGUGGAAUUUGACACAAUUUUCAGCUCUUUCGGUCAUUGAAUCAAGAUUCUAGAUCGCUUUAAACUCAAAAUUUUCCCAUUAUGCAGGUUUCUGAUGGAGUGUGACCCAAAAAUCGAUUUUUAGCUCUUUCAAUCAAUAAAUUUGAACUCUAGGUCAACUACAAGCUUAAAAGUUUCCUUCAAAGGAGUUCUUGAAAUAUUACGAACCGAUAACUCGAUUCUUAGCUCUUUUAGUCAUUAAAGUGACGCUUUAAAACACUUCAAAGGUGCAGUAUUUCCCUUUAAAGGAGUUCCUAUUGGAGUGUGACCCGAAAACUCGAUUUUUAGCGCCUUUAGUCGUGAAAUUGAGGUUUUAAAACAGUUUUAACAAGAUUUGCUCAUUAAAGAAGCUCCUGAUAGGUUCUGAGAAUAAAAUUUGAUUCCAACUUGGCUCGUAAAAAUAUUUUUCUGCGGAGUUUUUAAGGAAUUUUGACUCAAAAACUCGAUUUUCAGCCUUUUUAAUCAUCAACUUUGAGUACUAGAUUAACCAAAAAAACUGUAUUUUUUAAAGGAGCUCUUGAAGACCAAAAAUAACUAUUUUUUUAAAUUUUCACACAUCAAAUUAAGGUUUCAGAUCGACUUUAAAUUCGAUAAUUUCCGUUUAAUAAGUUUCCGCUGGCAUGUUCUAAAAACACGAGCGGUUGUGGGGCACGAGCGGCACGACCGUUACUAAAUCACGAGCGGUUUCAUUUUCGCUCCUUCGCGAACGCUUCUAAAUCACGAGCGUUUCUAAACCGCGAGCGUUUCAUUUUAAUCAUUUUCUUUAUUACCAUCCAAGUGUGUUUUUUUUUUCAUAUUUCUACCUUCUUUUUCUCCUUGAAUAAAAAUUUUGACGAUCUUAUAUGCACAUUUUUUCGCUCAAUUUGUUGAUUGAUUCACAUUUGAGGUUCAUAUAAUGGAUUUUUUCCAGAAAAUGCAGCAAGCUCCCGUUGUUCCAGAAAAUGCAGCAAGCGGCCUGUUACUAAGUUUUAUAAUUUCGUAUUAUAAUUCCGCCCAAACAGCGCUUAUAAAAUGACUAUACUAGCUAGAUUUUUUUUUGCAAGAAAACACAGAUGAGAAUCAGAGAAAAAGUUCAUAUUUUUUAAUUUGUCAUAAGCAAAAUCUGAGAAAUAUUGACUUUCAUGCGAGACAUCUGUGAAAUAUUAGUUUAUCAUACGCAAAAUCUGUGAAAUAUUGAAUAUGAAAAAUCAGAUGAAAUUAUUAGAAAAAAAAUUUGCCAUACGCAGAAUCUGUGAAAUUAUAGAGACCGCAAAAAAACUUAGAAAAAAUCCAUUAUAUGAACCUCAAAUGUGAAUCAAUCAACAAAUUGAGCGAAAAAAUGUGCAUAUAAGAUCGUCAAAAUUUUUAUUCAAGGAGAAAAAGAAGGUAGAAAUAUGAAAAAAACACACUUGGAUGGUAAUAAAGAAAAUGAUUAAAAUGAAACGCUCGCGGUUUAGAAACGCUCGAACAGAACGAUAAGCCAAAAACGCUCGUGAUUUAGAAGCGUUCGCGAAGGAGCGAAAAUGAAACCGCUCGUGAUUUAGUAACGGUCGUGCCGCUCGUGCCCCACAACCGCUCGUGUUUUAGAACAUGCCGUUUCCGCUCGAGUUUGACUAAAUAACUAUAUUUUAACUAUGUUAGUGAUCGAAUUGAGACUCUGAAACAGUUUGAAAAUGAUAUUUUGUUUAUUAAAUGAGUUCCUGAUGAAGUCUGACCAAGUUAAUCGAUUUUUUUAGCUCGUUUAUUCAUUGAAGGAGCUCCUGAUAGAUUCUGGGAAAAUAAUUUGAUUUCGACUUGGUUCGAUCAGAAAAAAACUAUUUUUUUAAAAAAAAUAAUAUUUACCCUGAAGAGUUCCUGAUGGAGUCUGAGCUAAAACUCGAUUUUUUUAACUUUUUUUAAGUUGCCAAAUUGAGACUUUUUAAACAGUUCAAAAGUGCAUUAUUCUAUCUUGAAGUUAUUUCUGAUGGCUGUGACCCAACAGUUCCAUUUUUUUAGCUCCUUUUGCCGCCAAAUUGAGGCUCUAUAUCCACUUCAAACGGAACAUUUUUGGCUAUUAAAGGAGUUCCUGAUGGAUUAUUUCUAAAAACUCGAUUUUUUUAGCUUUUUUUAGUUAUCAAAUUGAGGCUUUAAAAUGGACAAAAAAAGCAAUUUUAUUCAUUAAAAGUGUUCCUGAGGAUUUUUUUUGACCAAAUAACCAUAAUUUUUUUAGCUUUUUUUAAUCAAUAAAUUUUUAAUCUAGAUCAACUGAAAGCUCAAAAAAAUUUCCUUUAAAAGGGGUUUCUGAUAUAGUUUGACCCAAUAACUCGACUCUUAGCUCUUUUAGUUAUCAGAUUGAGGCUUCAAAACACUUCAAAGUCGCAGUAUUUCCCUUUAAAGGAGUUCCUGAUGGAGUGCGACCCGAUGUCCGACGUCGAAAUCCGAGUUUUGCUCCCCGACGGCGCCCCUUUGUCAGUGAGAACCCGAAGAAGCGUCUCGACUUCCUUAUUCUUCUCCAUGGCCCAAAGAAGACUGCAAAUGACGCGCGAAGCCUCGGCCGCCUGUGCCAUUUUCGAGCUUCUCGAUAGCGGUUUCGGUAAGGUUUUCAGAAAAGGGGAAAAAUUGAAAAAAUGCGAAAGUUUUCGUGAAAAAAUGGAUAUUUGAAUUUACUGCAACAUCAUUAGGUUAAAUAUGGAGAGGAUAUGAGAAAAUGUUGAAUAAAAACUGCGCCUUUCCAAUCAUUAUAUUAUUUCCAUUUUUCCAUCUCAUAGGAUUUCUUUCUGUUUUUUUUUUGUUUUGUUUAUUGCAUCUUCAAUGUAAGAAUACAUGUGCAAUCGACUUUCAUUGAUUAUAACUGUGUUUGAACGGCGGCAGGAGCUGUGGCUUAGGCAGAGAAGGUGUGAAUUUCGCUCGUAGAACAUCAGGUACAAGAGAGGUCGUAGGAAGAAGUAUGGUGCCGGCUUUCCAAAGGCCGAUGGCAGAGAUUGAGCCUUUUCGCUGCAUGCAGCUCCCAAUUUUAUCUACCCCGGAGGGAUGAAAGGCUUGGUCGACCUCGGGGGGACUCGAACCUACGACCUUGCGGACGUUAGAAAUGAGUUAUGCCAGCUGAGCUAUGCCGCCCUCUUUUUCUUUCAGCCCUGUCAAAAAAAAUUAAUGAAUUCACACCGAAAACCGCUCAAAAGUUUUUCCCCGUCUUUUUUUAAUUUCAAAAUAAUUGCCAGAUGGUACGACAAAAUCUCAAGUCCGCAAAUCUUGAGGAGCGUAAUUUUGGAAAUCAAAAGUAUAUCUUUUUCGUCUUAUUUUUUGCACUUAUUUCUUCUUAUAUUCUCUGGUUUCGUUCUCAACAUACAAAUUGUGACAAAAUCUAUCCAAUAAAGCUCAUACUUUUUUUGCAGGCUUUUUCAUUUUUGUAUCUACAGCCUACUGGAUUUUCUCCUACCAAACUUGAUAUCUGUCUGGUUUUCCUUUUUAUUUCUCGUAGUUUAAAAGUUGCAUAGUUCAGAAACUUGGGAAAAAUUGACUCAUUGAGGGAAAAACUAUCGAAAUUUCAAAAAUAGCCCUUCAUUGGUUGCAUUAAGAUCCAAGAAAAGAAAAUCAGAGAUAAAAUCUGCUUAAAAUAUGAAAAAAUACACAAAACAUUUACACGUAAGAGUAAUCGCAUAAAUAAAAAUCUGUUGAAAUGUGCAUAAAUGCGGCUUUUCAAAUCUAAAAUAUUAACUUUUUUGAUUCGUAGAUCCGAGCCCCCAAGAUUGGCGCAUGCACAAUUAACGCUUACGAAUAUUCGUGGACCCGAAAUUCCUUCCUACCUUGGAAUAUUAGUAGGAAAAGUACAAUAACUUAGACGGAAGUGGUUUCCAAGAGUUUGGUCUCCAAGAUUAUGGGCCUUGAGAUCUGCGUACACAAGAUUACGGUCUUCAAGAUUUGCGGACUUGAGAUUUUUUCGUACCAUCAUUCGCCACUGUAUUAUAAUUUUUCAAAUUACCAACUUUUGCUUCGAGACCCUCGAAAGAUGUUUUACGGUAGAUUUUUCCUCGAGUUUUAUCCCGCGUAACGAUAAUCCUUUAAUAAAGCUUCUUUUUUAAAAUUUUUCAAAAGUUCUUUGAUCAAAAAAGCUACAGUAUCUUUCGCUUUUGCGCGACGGUGAUCCUUUAACGGAGCCGCAUUUUUUUGGCUUUCUUUCUAGAUUUUCAAAAACCUAGCGUUAUUGAAGGAUCCUCGCGCGAGGUUGUUAAUCGAAGCGAAAGGUACCGUAGCCAGGGAGAGGCGGAGUUAACUGCAUGAAUUGCGAAAUCUGAAAAGAAACUGUAGUUUGCCUUGAAUCACUUUUAUGAAAGAAAAUCGGCUAGGAUUCGUCUCAAAUGAAUAUAGUUGAUUCACGGCUAACGUAAGGGGCGUGGCUUGUCUGCGCUCUCCACCAGCCAGGCACUAUCUCUUUCCUUAUCGGGUCAGAAUCUUUUUUCGAUGACUCAAACAGUCGUGAAUAAGUUAUAAAAAAUUAAUCAUUCUUAGGAAUGUUAGAGUGGUCCCUAUAGGGGUUAGGAGGAAAAAAUAGCCCUCUAGGAAUCGAAAAAGGGGUCCCUAUAGGGGUAAAAUCAAGUUGGUCCCUCUAGGGGUUUAGGGUCUGAUCCCUCAGCCCCUAAAGCUCAAGUGGUCCAUGUAGGGGUCGAAAAAGGGGUCCCUAUAGGGCUCCACCAGCACUGUCUCUUUUCUUAUCGUGUCAGGACCCAUUUUUCGAUGACUCAUGUCAGCUCAAUCAAAUUCUCUCUUUCAGAGCGGAAAGUGAUGGACGCGGAGAGUAUCCACGGCCUCUACACCCAGAAUUAUUCAUCGGCCUCCUCCUCUUGUCUGUUGAUAAAAAAGUGGCUCUUCGACGUGGAAAGGUUGUCCCAACCUUUCCAAGACCCCAAAGUCAUCCCAAAAUAUUCCAGAGAACGGAGCUUAUGCCAGAAAGAUCUCGUUUUCAGACAAUUUUGCUUCAUUCAAGCCACGGCUGACCUGAAUUCGGUACUUUUAAAAAGCAUCAAUUUUAAAAGAAAUUACUUCAGGGAAGAGUCAAAUCUCAUCAUAAGGCCUAUCAGUUGAAGGCCAUGCAGAGCGAGAACAACGUGGAUAAUGUGAGGAUGGAUUUUUGAGAAAACAGGGAAAUUCAUGGUCCGUAAUAAAACCGGAAUUAUUAUAUCCUUCUCAAAUUUGAAAAAAAUAUAGAUAUUUUUGAGGGGGGUGGGGGGAAUAUCUAGGAGGUAGGAAUUCACGGUCUAUAAAAUAAUGAAACCGGAAACAUUGAAUCAUUUUUUUCAAAGUUGACCAAAAAAAUUUUUUCUGGACAGGGGGAUUUUUAAGAAAAUGGGGAUUUACGGUCAUUAAAUCUAAUGAAACCGGAAGCAUUGAAUCUUUUUCAAAGUUUACCAAAUAAUCUGGGGGGUUUGAGAAAUAAUGGAGCUUACGGUCUGUCAUUUUUUUAAAAGUGAUUUUUCUUGAUUUUUUAAAGAAUUUUUGAUACAUGUCGAUUACCUUUAUUGAAAUUUCCACUUUGUUUCUAUUGAUUUUUGAAAAGGGAAAACGAUAUUAUAUCGAAAAAAAUAGUCUAGAAGCACAACAGCGCUCCAUGGGUAAUCUUCCUGAAUUUUCGAUUUUUAGCUUUUUAUUAAUAUUUUUACGAGAAUUACUAUUGACGAAGAUUCUUAGGACUUUUUUUCUUCGAAUCGUUUCAUAAAAGUGACAACUUUUUUUAAUUUUUUUCUGAAUAUUUGUCAUCGCCGUUGCACUGAGAAAUGAAGAUAGAAAAAAUAUUUGAAAAAUUACUGAAACGGCAAAAAAUUGUAUGUGACAUAUUUUUUCGGAUCGAUUUUCUUGGUUUUUAUCCAUUUUAGGCCGUUUUUUAAGCUCAGAAGAAAUAGUAUUUCUUUUCCAGUUUCUGGAAAUGGCCCGAAGGCUCGAAGGGUACAGCGAAGUGUCUUUUCCGCCGGCUCAACAGCCCGGAAAACCCGGCGAAAUUGUGAUGGUUGUUGGAUUUGAAUCACUGGUUCUGAAGCCACAUCCCAACACGGAGGUAUAUCGAUUUUUUGAUCAGAUCUGGGAACGUUUUUAGUUGCCACUAUAGGGUUUUGACGUUUUAGUGGCCACUAUAGAGGUCAAAUGGGGGCUUCAGUGGCCAGUUUAGUGUCCUCGGCGAGCCUCUAUAGCUGUCACUAAAAAUUUUCCCAGAUAUUUGAAAAAAGAAAAAAAAAUUAUUUUUGGCAGUUCCUUAGGAGAGCCAGAGUGGUCCCUAUAGGUGUUAGGGAUCAAAAAGUGCCCCCUAAAGGGCUAAAAUCCAGGUGUGAUCUUUAGGGGGUUCAGAGUCUGACCUUCAAGCCUCUGAAACGUAAGUCUCUGAAUCUUAAGCUUAGGAGCAUCAGAGUAGUCCCUAUAGGGGUCUUCUAAUUAUUUUUUUCUGAUUUAAAAGUUUAAAAGAAGUGUAAAGAUCACUAGGAUGCUAUAGGGGUUUUUUUUUGCAGCUUUAGUGGCCCUUAUAGGAAACUUUUAAAGGCCACUAAAGUCGCCCCUAUAGAGCCCACUCUGUUGCUCCUAAGCUGACUGCGUGAAAACGCUGAAAAUCACAAAAACUACUCAUUUUUCUUGCCUGAAGUUCUGAAAAAUCGAUUUUAGGACCUUUGUAUACGCCUGGAUUGGUCAUUGAUCGCCGAUUUUCGAGUUUGCGAGGAAGGAAAUGCCUUUUCGUUCGACUAUCGACGAGAAGAGGAAGGAAAACCGCCAAAAACGAUUAAAUUGUUGACCAAUUUCGUACGUGACGGUAGAAAACGCUGAAAAUAUGACUCAUUUGCCGCGUUUUGGAGUUUUCUGACGUGUCUGCGCCCUCUUUUCUCUCAGAAACUUCAUUUUCGGAUAGUACUAGAUACAGUUUUUUGCUCUGAUUCCGAAUUUCUGAACCAGAAACUCCGAGAGUUUCUGCGAAUCAAGUUAUGGACUUUUUAAGUUGAAAAAAAAAGCUCAUUUAGGUAAAGCUAGCCCCUGUGGUCACAAAAAAACAGGAAAAUCCGUUUUUUGGGAAAAAAUUUGAGUCAAGAUAUGAUUUUUGGAAAUUUUGCGCGUUCAGUCGGCAGGUUGAAAUUGUGCAUACACCGAAUGAAUUUUUUUCUGGCGGCAAGUCGAAAAAUUCGCGUUUCCAGAAUUUCGCAGUUUUAGACGGUUAACACCUAUCAAUCAUAAGAACUGUUAAAAACGCGACACUGGGGGUGCGCUAUUAGGCAUACUGUAGGAUGAAAUUGUGCAUACACCGAAUGAAGCUUUUUGGCGGAAAAUUUGUUUAGAACGAUUUUUUUUUUGUAUGAGAACGUUUCAAAUUCAAAAAAAAAAGCAUGUUUGGACUAUAAAUAUAUUUUUCCCAAAAUUAACUAUUUGCUAACGCCAGAAAGUUCACAAAUUCGGGAAAAAUAGAAAAAGUCCUUUUUUUAGUUUUUGCUUUUGUUUGCAAGUAAAAGAGUCCUUUCCAUUGCGAAAAUCUGCUUGAAACGAAAAUCCUGUAUUUUUCAAUUUUGAGGAUCUUUUCGGCAGUUUUUGAGCUCGAAUCAGCAUAAAAAAACUGUAUCUAUAGAGAAAAGAGAGCGCAGAUAGGUCAGACAGUUCCAAAUCGUGGAGAAUGAUAACUAAUCAAAAAUCAAAAAAACUGAUUGAAGCGUUUUAGGCCGAGUACAUGGCGGAGUGCUUCACCCAGAUCAGUUUUGAGCGUCAGGUUGCGUCUGAUUGGAAGUGCGGUGUGAUGAGGAGAUCCCCUGGUUCAGCGUCGGCAACGAUGGAUGGCCAGGAGCAACGGACCGGCGCCGGUUUCCGCCCCGAGGAGCUCCGACAACGGUGUCGAGGUGGAGUGACGUCAUCCAAAUCGUGUAGAAGAUCUUCGUCGGCCUCGCCCUCCUUCGACCCGGUGGAUAGUGUAGGUUUUAGGAGGGUUUAGAGAUGGAAAGGGAAAUCGGGUACUGUAUACCGUAAUUCGUGAAAAAAGUCUGACUUCAUCCUCGACUUUCUUUGACUCAUAGGAUACUGUAGGUUUUAGGAGGGAUUAGAGAUAAAAAGGGAAAUGUGGUACUGUAUACCGUAAUCCAUUCCGAAAGCCUGACUCCUCGGCCUUGCCUUCCUGGGACCCAGUAGAUAGUGUAGGUUUUUAGGAGGGUUUAGAGAUAAGGAGAGAAAUACCGUAUUCCAUGCUGGAAACCAUCGGCUUUGGCUUUCUUGAAACAGUACAUAGUAAGGUUUUAUGAGGGAUUAGAAAUAGGAAGGAAAAAUUGGGUACUGUAUACCGUAAACUGAGAAAAAAAAUCUGAUUCAUCAUCUUUGUCUUCCUAAGAUCUAGUUGGUAGUGUAGGUUUUUAGGAGGGUUUAGAGAUGAAAAGGGAAUUGGGGUACUGUAUACCGUAAUCCAUGCUUAAUGGUCUUGUUCAUCGACCUUGGCUUCCUUGGAACCAGUGGAUAGUGUGAGUUUUAGAAGGGUUUAGGGAUAAAAAGGUAAUUUUAGUACUGUAUGCCGUAAUCUGAGCUAAAUGAUUUGGUACAUCGGCCUCGCCUUCCUUCGACCCAGUAGAUAGUGUAGGUUUUUUGGAGGGUUUAGAGAUGGUGGGUUUAAAGAUAAAAAGGAAAAUGUGGUACUGUAUACCGUAACCUGUUAUAAAUGAUCUGGUUCAUCGACCUCGCUUUCCUUGGACGCAGUGGUUAGUGUAGGUUCUAGGAAGGUUUAGAGAUAAGGAGAGAGAAAUGCUUACUGUAUACCGUAACUUAUGCUAAAUGAACUGGUUCGUCGGCCUCGCCUUCCUUCGAGCCGGUGGAUAGUGUAGGUUUUUAGGAGGGUUUGGAGAUUGAAGAUGAAAAUAUGUACUGUAUACCGUAAUCCGUGCAAAAAGUCUGACUUCGUCCUCGUUUUCCUUUGACUCAUAGGACACUGUAGGUUUCAAUAGGGUUUAGAGAAAUAAUAUGGAAUUUGGUACUGUAUACCGUAAUCCAUGCUAAAUGAUCCGGUUCAUGGGCCUUGGCUUCUUUGCAACCGGUAGAAAGUGUAGGUUUUAGGAGGGUUUAGAGAUGCGAGAAGGGAAAAUGGGUACUGUAUACCGUAGUUUAUGUUGAAAUACUGUCCUGGAUAGUAUAGGUUUUAGGAGGGUUUAGAGAUAAGGAGAGAAAUACCGUGAUCGCUGGAAACCAUCGGCCUUGGCUUCCUUGGAACCAAUAGAUAGUGUAGGUUUUAUUCAAAUCGGAUAAUCACUUUUUUGGUUCCAAGACAAUUCUGACCCAAUUAGGGGUCACUUAAGGGAUUUGAAUGUGUCUGAAGUGUUCACUGAGUAACACAUAAGCGUCCCAAAAACGUUCCGAGGCCAAAAUUUUUUCAAAAUCAAGUUUUUAUUCUUUAAAGAAAUUCGUAAAGUUUCCGCAGCUUGAAACUUUCUAGCCGCAUUUGGAAUGGCUCAAAGCGUUGCGGUCGCGCCAACCGAGCCAUUCUUCGUGCGACCGAAAGUUUCGAGUCUAUUUUAAUAUUUUCAGAAUCAAUUGA